GAGUCGUUUUCUGAGAAGAGACCAUAUUUGUUCGCAGGGGAAGCCGUUGCUUUCUGGGAUCUGGUUACAGCAGAAAAGACGUGUGCUCCAACAAGGGGGUUCCAGAAGGUAACUGGGAGUUGGAAGAGUCAAGGACACCUCCACACUGUGGAUUUGGAGUUCUCUGUCCAUGGGUGCAGCACCCGUGCUCCGCUUGUGAGUUCUGUCCCAGGAGAGCAGCCAUGGCAUUGAAGAACGUGCCCUUUCGCUCAGAUGUCCUGGCCUGGGACCCCGACAGCCUUGCAGACUAUUUCAGGAAGCUGAAUUACAGGGACUGUGAGAAGGCAGUGAAAAAGCAUCACAUCGAUGGGCAGCGGUUUUUGAACCUGACAGAAAAUGACAUCCAGAAGUUCCCUAAGCUCCGGGUGCCGAUUCUCAGUAAGUUAAGUCAAGAAAUCAACAAGAAUGAAGAGAGAAGGAGCAUCUUCACACGCAAACCCCAAGUCCAGCGGUUUCCUGAAGAGACAGAAAGCCAUGAAGAGGACAAUGGGGGCUGGUCAUCGUUUGAUGAAGAUGACUAUGAGAGCCCUACCGACGAUCAGAACGAGGAUGACAAUGACGACUAUGAGUCCCCCAACGAGGAGGAAGAGGCGCCCGUGGAAGAUGAUGCGGAUUAUGAGCCGCCACCCUCCAAUGAUGAGGAGGCCCUGCAGAACUCUAUCCUGCCUGCCAAGCCUUUCCUCAACUCCAACUCCAUGUACAUAGACCGGCCCCCCUCCAGCAAAGUCCCGCAGCAGCCGCCCGUGCCCCCCCAGAGACCGACAGCUGGGUUUCCUCCGCCGCCGGCAGGCCGGAGUCACGUGCCACUCCUCCCACCCCAACCAAACCAUGAAGAGCCUAGCAGAAGUAGAAACCAUAAAACAGCAAAGCUCCCUGCUCCUUCCAUAGACAGAAGCACAAAACCUCCCCUCGAUCGUUCAUUAGCACCAUUCGACAGAGAGCCCUUCACACUAGGAAAGAAGCCCCCAUUUCCUGACAAGCCCUCGGCCCCCGCGGGAAGGCCUCUCGGGGAGCAUUUACCCAAGAUGCAAAAGCCUCCUUUACCGCCAGCCACUGAAAGGCAUGACAGGGGUAGCCCCCUGCCAGGGAAGAAGCCACCUGUGCCCAGGCACGGUUGGGGACCGGACAGAAGAGAGAAUGAUGAAGAUGAUGUGCAUCAAAGACCUUUGCCUCAACCCACAAUGCCCUCCAUGAGCUCCAAUACUUUCCCUUCCAGAUCCACCAAGCCAUUGGCCAAGCACACCCUCCCGUCACCUCACGUGCUUGGAGCAUUCUCUGAAAGUAACAGUGGUUUCCCACAGAGUGCCUCCCUGCCGCCAUACUUCUCUCAAGGCCUUAGCAACAGACCACCUCCUAGAGCUGAAGGAAGAAACCUCUCCUUGCCAGUUCCAAACAAACCUCGAUCACUGUCUCCUGGGGAAGAAGAGAAUUCAUUAAAUGAAGAAUGGUAUGUUUCUUACAUUACCCGACCAGAGGCAGAAGCUGCUCUUAGGAAGAUAAACCAGGAUGGCACUUUCCUGGUUAGAGACAGCUCUAAAAAAACAAUAGCAAAUCCAUAUGUCCUCAUGGUGUUGUACAAAGAUAAAGUUUACAACAUCCAGAUCCGUUAUCAAGAGGAAAGCCAAGUUUACUUGUUGGGAACUGGACUCCGAGGGAAAGAGGACUUCCUGUCUGUGUCAGAUAUUAUUGACUACUUCAGGAAAAUGCCACUUCUACUCAUUGAUGGGAAGAACCGAGGCUCCAGAUACCAGUGCACAUUAACGCAUUCUGCAGGUUAUCCCUAGCAAGUUAGCCAAACAAAUGAACCUUCC